GGAGCAGUUAACAAAGACACACAUCAUACAUCGCUUACGCCACCUGUAUCGCGUUAUCUUGACCGGUGAGGUUACUCUCAAAAAGUCGUAGCUCCAACCUACUUCGUGUCACGUGAUCUACGACAAGAUGGCGGGCAGGGACGACAAGAAGGUUUUGGUGGCUAUGGAUGGAAGUGACCACUCAGUGUACGCAUUCGACUGGUACAUGGACACUGUGCACAAACCAGACAACGAGGUGAUCAUCGUUCACUGUCCGGACUACAGCGCAUUGACACAUUCCCCUGUGAUGUCCAGCGAUCCCUCCCUGGUGGCACAGCUGAUGAAGAAGGAGGAGCAGCAGAUCAACAUCAUCAUCGCCAAGCUGAAGGAGAAACUCACAGGUUCUGGGAUCAAAGGUCGAAUUCUGCGUCUGUCGGGCGACGCAGGGCACGCAAUCGUGAAGACGGCGUUAGCGGAACACGUGGACGUCAUAGUCACCGGGACAAGAGGUCAAGGCAAGUUCAGGCGGACGCUUCUCGGCAGCGUCAGUGACUACAUACUACACCAUUCACACGUACCUGUGCUCAUCUGUAAGAAGCCACACGACGGAUCAGAGGAGAAGCAAUAAGAAGUUUCAGUGUCAGGAAUAUAUAACAUUGUCAGGCAUAUACAACAGUGUUGGCAAUAUACUUCAGCGUUAGCAGUAUACAACAACGUCAACAACAUACAGCAGUGUCAGCAACAAUCAGCGUCAUCAGUAUACUACAUCGUUAGCAACAUACAACAACGUCAACAAUUUUCAGUCCCUCGGCAACCUGCUUUUUGAGUCGCCCAUUACGAUUGUCUAUCUGACGAUGCACUCGCUUUCUUGGAGGGGCGUAUGAUGUGCAGAGAUUUGACAAUAACAUUAUAUAGCAAACGUUGUAAUAUCAUCUUCACUAACUAAACAGAGUUUACUCAAUGACUGUCAGUUACUGUUUUUCUCAUUAUAAAAAAUCUGUUUUAAAAAUUCUUUGAUAUCA